GGGGGAUCAGACAUCGGGCAGCCCAGAAUCUAGCAUCUUGCCGCCAGAGGAACCGGCAAGCCCAGGACGCAUGGCUUCCAGUGGGAUGGACAUGAUCUGCAUGCCGGACCUCUCCGCCUGCAUUCAGUUUUCCCUCUCCCUCAUCGCAUUUGCGAUCGUCUCUGGCCCCCAGCGAAUCAAAUAUACCAUCUACGUUCUUCUUGCCACAUGGCCACUCCUGGUCAUUGACCUCUCUCACAUCGGCUCGGGCGUGUCUGCUUUCAUUGCCGGCGCUCUCAUUGGCUCUUGCAGAAAUUUUCACAAGGUCCCAGCCGACGUGCCCUUCCUGAUCCUCAGCGGAUGCCUGUGGUUCGCCUAUCUCGGCCACUCCAUGCACUUUGUUCGAACGGCGUUUAUAGCAGCAGCGGCGGCCAUCAUGACCUGGCUUUGCUUGGAGAGGGUGCAGAAGAGCAAGACCUCCCGCCUGGGGGCCUUUGAAGGCGUCCUGGCGGGCCUCGGCAUCAUCGCCCCGAUGCACGGCACGGCCUCGACGGCCUCCGCGUGUGCCGCCGCCUGUUCCAGCGCGAGCUUCGGAGUGGCGGGCGGUCUCGUGUGCUACGUGUCCAUGGCGCUGCUCGGCAAGAUUAAGAUCGUGGACAAGACCUCAGAGGCCUUGGGAGAGGCCGUGGAACGGCUGGGAGGAGCCAUCGUCACCGGUGUCUCCAUCUUGGACCAGUGUCUGAUCUUCUUCUGAAAAUGAUUUCGGAUGCGGUCCGUGCUUUUUUUUUCUUAUUCUCCAUUCUCUGCAUGUGUUUUUUGUGUUUCUGUGUUUUUGCUUUGUUUUUGCUUGCUGGCCUUCCAAUUCCAUUCUCUGCAAAAACCCGU